AUGGCCUCCUCCUCCCACGGCAAUGACAAUGGCCUCCCCACCCACACCGCCGGCUGGCCAUCCACCUCCAAGCCCCCACUAACGCACAACCCCCGCCACCGCUACUUCUGCGUGUGCCUCCUCGUCACCCUGGCAGUCCUGCUCGCCCUCUCCAUCACCCUGCUUGCCCUCUUCCUCACCAUCCUCUACGUGCGCAACCCCACCAUGCUCAUCGUCUCCACCUGCCUCGCCGGCGUCGCCCUGCGCCUCACCUUCCUCGUCAUCUCCCUCCAGCUCAACGUCACCUUGCUCCUCACCGUCGCCAUGCACAACCCCAACCUGGCCUCCUUCUCCUACCCCUCCAGGGUAUACACCGACCUCACGUACCGGGGCAUCAAUGUGGGGGAGGCAGAGGUCAACCCGGGCCGCAUCCCAAGCAAGGGCGACGGGGAGGUGCGACUAGUGCUGACGAUGCAGGAGCAUCGGCUGGCGGCCAACGUGGUGCAACUGGUGGCGGACUUGGUGAGCGGGUCCAUACCCAUGGAGGCCAACACCAGGAUCCCCAGGAGGGUCACCAUCUUUGGGCUGUUCAAGCGCCUCACUGUGGCCUACUCCAUCUGCAACUUCAUGUUUGGUGUCGCAAAGAUGAGGGUGCGCAGCCAGGAGCUAGGACCGCACCAAGCUCUGAUCGAGGGCGUCGUUGAUUGCCUUGCCUCUCUAUGA